CUAACGUGCGGUUUCGGCCUUUCUUUGAAAGGAGGUAUUAUGGGUCUCAUUAGAAGUGCUGUUGUGGUGUGAUUGCAAAAAAGCAACAGCAACAAGGAAACUAUUUGUAUAAAUUAAUAUUUCCACAAUUGGCAAAUGAGGUUUGCUCUGCCUUGAAAUACAGGCAGGGCGACGUUUGUCCGGCCUGAAAGUCGAAAUGUUUGCCCCGUUAAAUUUGGCCGGGUGUGGGACUGGCUCGUUUGAAGUGCUUGCGCCAGACGAUACGAACCGUGCUCUCAAAACAGUCAUUAAAAAAUAACAAAAAAACAGCGCUCAUGAGAGCUGCUCCAGCCUGUGCUGAACAAAGAUAAUUACUCAGGAAGCGUUUCAGCCAAUCCGCUGCGGCCUUAUAUCCUGCUUGUGAAAAGAGGCCAUUCAGGGUCUGGCUUCCAUCAGACAGCCCGAUCAUCAAGCUUGGAGUGCCAAGCCCUUUCUGUCUGAGGACUGAGACUGUCCUCCAUGUUUUAUAAGUAUUGACAUAACACUGUGUUAGCCAUGCAUCCACAGAGCUUGGCUGAAGAAGAAAUAAAAACGGAGUCGGAUGUGGUAGAAGGGAUGGACGUUUCCACGCGAUCCAAAGAUCCUAGCCUGGCAGAAAGGGCAGCACAAAAACGAAAGCCCAGUCCUUCCCACUCAUCCAAUGGGCAUUCACCUUCAGAAAUGUCACCCAGCCCCAUCAAAAAGAAAAAGAAACCAGGAUUAGUAAACAGUAGUAACAAAGACCAGUCAGAGCUAAGACAUGGUCCCUUUUACUAUGCGAAGCAGCCACUCACCACAGACCCUGUUGAUGUUGUGCCGCAGGACGGACGGAAUGAUUUCUACUGCUGGGUGUGCCACCGAGAGGGCCAGGUGCUCUGUUGUGAGCUAUGCCCCCGGGUGUACCAUGCAAAGUGCCUGAAACUGGCCGCCGAGCCUGAGGGGGACUGGUUCUGUCCCGAGUGUGAGAAAAUAACAGUUGCGGAGUGCAUAGAAACUCAGAGUAAAGCAAUGACCAUGCUAACAAUAGACCAGCUGUCUUAUCUGCUUAAGUUUGCACUCCAGAAGAUGAAGCAGCCUGGGGACCCACCUCGCUCGUCUCUCUCCCCCCACGCAGCCGCCCAGCAGAGAAAACCUAUUAAUUGGACUGAACCAUUUCAGAAACCUGUAUCACUAGAGCAACAUCCAGAUUAUGCAGAAUACAUUUUCCAUCCAAUGGAUCUCUGUACAUUAGAAAAGAAUAUAAAAAAGAAAAUGUAUGGCUGCACAGAAGCCUUCCUGGCUGAUAUGAAAUGGAUAUUACACAACUGUAUAAUUUACAAUGGAGGUAAUCACAAACUUACAGCGACAGCAAAAGUCAUCGUAAAAAUCUGUGAACAUGAAAUGAAUGAAAUUGAGGUUUGUCCAGAGUGUUACCUAUCAUCUUGCCAAAAGAGGGAAAACUGGUUUUGUGAGCCAUGUAGCCAGCCCCACCCUCUGGUGUGGGCGAAACUUAAAGGGUUUCCAUUCUGGCCAGCAAAAGCUCUGCGGGAUAAGGAUGGACAAGUCGAUGCUCGUUUCUUUGGGCAGCACGAUAGGGCCUGGGUCCCCAUAAAUAACUGCUACCUCAUGUCUAAAGAGAUCCCUUUUUCUGUGAAAAAGACAAAGAGCAUCUUCAACAGUGCCAUGCAAGAGAUGGAAAUCUACGUGGAGAAUAUUCGCAAGAAGUUUGGAGUUUUCAACUAUGCUCCGUUCAGGACCCCCUACACACCCAACAAUCAGUUCCAGAUGCUGCUGGACCCCUCCAAUCCUGCAGCUGGUGUGGUCAAGACUGAAAAACCAGAGAAGAUCAAGUUUAACUUUGACAUGACAGCUUCUCCCAAGAUGCUUCUGAGCAAGAGCGUGCUGUCAGGUGGUACGAGUAGGCGGAUCUCGCUCACGGAGAUGCCCCGUUCUCCUAUGAGCACCAACUCCUCUGUGCACACAGGCUCUGACAUUGAGCAGGACAUCUCCGACAAAAGCAUGAAAGUCAUGCAUGGUCACUACAGCACUGGUGAAGAGUCCAUGGACUGCACAGCUUCUCCAGCUUCUGCAAAGACUGGGCAUGCAGGCAGUGCCACAGGCAGUCCCAAGCCGUUUUCCCCACAGGCUUCCACACCUAUUGCCCCCAAGCAGGAGAGAGCGCCCCCUACUGGGAGCAUUCUCAAUCUCAAUCUUGAUAGGAGCAAAGCAGAGAUGGACUUGAAAGAGCUGAGUGAGACGGUACAGCAGCAAACGGCACCAGUAGUGCUGACUUCACCAAAGAGACCCAUAAAGCGCCAUUAUCAGCUCAACUUGGAUAAAACCAUUGAGAUUUGCAAAGCACAACUUGGAAUCGAUGAAAUUUCUGAGGACAUCGACCACAGCGAUUCGGAGGACUCUGAGAAGUUUGACUCUAGUGACAGUGAGUACAUGAGCGAUGAGGAGCAGAAGGCGAAGGAUGGCCAGGAGGUGGCUGACAAAGACCAACCUGAGAAGGACUCAAGAAAGAGGCCCAGGGUGCCAUCUCAAGGAGAAGACGAGAGCAAGUUGGAUGUUUCAUCUAAGAAAGCCACGUCUGAGGUGCCAGCAGUGAAGGAGAAGCCGGGCAGCGAUGCUGAUAAAGAGGCCUCUGAGAAGAGCAAGAUGCUCCAGCACUCCAUUAAGAAGGAGAAGGACGGGCAGUCCUGUGGCACGGGGCUCGACAUGGACUCGGACUCUGAGAGGGAGCUGGUAAUAGACCUUGGGGAUGACCAGGCCAGCCAGGAGCACAAACAGAAUAAGAAGGAACCAGCAGCAGCCACGACACCCAAGGACCCAGUUGUCCCUAAGACUGAAGGUAAACCCCUUUCAACCUGUAGUGCAGCACCUCCACCCUCGAGCGACACAUCCUCCUCUGCCCCCAGUGUGAAAGACCCUACUCGGUCCCCAAUUACCAUCCCCCUCAACGUGGUCUCCUUUGCUGCCACCCCCACGUCCAACCUGCUGCCCAACACGGCCACCACUGCAGGUUCCUCGCCAGCCGCAGCAGCGGCACCGGCCACUGUAAAGAAGCAGCGACCUCUUCUGCCGAGGGAGAUAGCACCUACCGUGCAGCGUACGGUGGUGUGGAACCCAGCUGUAAAAUUCCAGACUUCCUCACAGAAGUGGCACAUGCAGAAGGUCCAACGGCAGCAGCAGAACCAGCAGCCAGCUGCGCAGUUACAGAGUCCCCAGGCCCAGACGCCCUCACAAUCCCAGUCCUCGUCUUCCUCGGUGUCUUCUCCGCAGCAGCCUUCCUCUAGCACCAGAUACCAGACAAGACAGGCUGUGAAAGCGGUGCAGCAAAAAGAGGUCCUCCAGGGUACAUCUACCUCGGCCGUCACCUUGGCGACUGGCACCCCAGCUGCAUCCAUUAUCGCAACCCCUGGGACUGUUGCCAGUACCACUACUACUCUGGCUGGGGACUUCCAAGUCCCCACUGCCUCUGCAGAUGUAGCCGCAGACAUAGCAAAGUACACCAAUAAAGUAAUGGACACAAUAAAAGGAACCAUGACGGAAAUAUACAAUGAUCUCUCGAAGAGCACAUCAGGAAACACAGUAGCAGAGAUUCGCCGUUUAAGGAUAGAAAUUGAAAAAUUGCAGUGGCUACACCAACAGGAAUUAUCUGAAAUGAAGCACAACCUAGAGCUCACCAUGGCUGAGAUGCGGCAGAGCCUGGAGCAGGAGCGCGAGCGCCUCAUAGCGGAGGUGAAGAAGCAGAUGGAGCUGGAGAGACAGCAGGCCGUGGAUGAGACCAAGAAGAAGCAGUGGUGUGCCAACUGUAAGAAGGAGGCCAUCUUCUACUGCUGCUGGAACACAAGCUACUGCGACUACCCCUGCCAGCAGGCUCACUGGCCAGAGCACAUGAAGUCUUGCACACAGUCAGCCACAGCCUCUCAACAGGAGCCUGAGACUGAGACAGCCACAGACGUGGCGAGCAGGGCGUCCGGACUGCCUGCCAGCACCCAGCAGACUCCUUUGGACUCUACCGCCACUUCCAUGGACAAGGACUCCGCUGUAGAAAAAUCAAAAGAUGGUGUCAGUGUCUCCGUAUCCUAACCUCCAGAUUGUAGUCAGUUAUUCUUGUACGAUAUUCUUUGUAAAUCUCUUGUUCAGGACAAAUUUUGAAAAUAUGAUGUUCAACACACCAGCCUGGGUGUGUAAAUGCUCCCUAAAAGCCAGUGUUAACGAAGAGAAAUUAUGGUAUGACGCCUUCCCAUUUCACUCCCACCUUCUUACGUUAUCACAGUAGCAUGUCCUAAGGCUACAAAUAAGUCCAAGAGAAAAGAGCUUUGUGUACAAUCAGAAGUUGGCCACAAUUCAUUCUAUGUACAAAAUGAGAUGCUGUGUCUGUCACGGACAGUCCAGAAGGAGUACAUAAAAAAGCACCAGGCCUGCCACAAAAUGAAGUCCUUGUUAUUGAGUCAAAAAGACUAAUGCAGGCCUCUGUGUCGCAGUAGAAGGAUUUAACAUGACCUCCCGCAUGUAAGAGAUGAAGAGGAACUUGCGUGCCAUUUGCAGGUCCCGCUGUCUGUCAAGGGUACAUUUCUUUUUAAAAUUCUUCUGAUCUCCAUUUACAACCUUCCAUUCACAAGAGCCAAUCUUGCUCUGCCACGUUUCAGCUGAUCUUUUGUGGAUGGUAUGUAGCAUGACAGGAAGAAUGAUUCGCUUCCUGGUUCAACUGGAAUUGCGCCCACCAUCAUUACUGUGACACGAAAUUGCAUAAACUUGAGGAAGUUUCAAAAAUGAGUAGUGUAUUUAACAUAUCAAAGUUCCCUAAAUGAAGACGUUUUCAUUUGGGGGCAACUGCUGCUUAACAUAGGAGCACAUUAACUUUCAAUAUACUACAUUUAACAAGAGGGUAUGUGAGCACGUUGUCAGAUUAAACUGAUGUUUUAGGCAAGUUGACAGAACACAAACAGUAUGACAGUAUGUUCUCAACAGACAUUAUAGUAAUAGUUCUAAGCCCAACCUAUGUUUUCUGGUAACUUCCAAGAUGUCACUAUCCAAUUUUCAGUGCCCUUACUAUGUAAGUGGCAGUGAUUGUUUUAAAACUAUCAGGUUAAGAAUCAAGUUAUUUUUAAAAAAAUUGUAUGUUUUUAAAACCAGUGUAUAUUGGUUCAUAUCUACUAUUUCAACUUGUUACAGGAGAGUCAUUUAUCUAAAUUACACACAGAAUUUAAUGCACAGCAGUUCAAGCCUACUCCGAUUUUUUUUUAAAAGGUUUAAAUUGUAUAUCGAUAAUAUCCUCAAACCUUAAGAGGACUGUAGAGCAUAUUUUAUGCCUUCUGAGUGUGGUUUUUUAAAAGUUUCUGCCGGGGUGGCAUAUUUGUGGAAGUGGGUUAUGAAGAGAAGCUAUUUAAGCAUAUGUCAGAACACCUCUUCAAAUAAGCCCCGCCUAAAAAUGUCUCUUAGGUGGGGCCUAAUGGCUUCCCAUUGGAUAGACUGUUAAAUAUAUUCCCAGUGUAAAAAAUUAUAAAAGGAAAAAAAAAAAACUUACUCCUGGCUGAGGAGGAAAAAGAACAAAAGUGACUGUAUAUUAUUAGUGGGAAAUUUUCUCACGUUGUUUACAUUUAAUGUAAAUAAAGAGAUAAGGGGCUGAAAGAACAGGUCUGAGUAGAGCCUUAUUUUCACAUAUGUGCACAGUACUUUUUAUUUAGAUGGAGACAGUUUUGGACCGGAGGUAUGACCUACAGAAUGUUUUGUCUUCAUGUCUGAUUUCUAUGAAGCCGUGUCAUUCAACUGGUUACAUUUAGCUUUUCAAAGAAACUUUCUUGCAGUACAAAUCAUGAAUAGAUGGGCAGUGUUAACCCCUAAUAUUCUAAAAUGCUAGAGCACACAUUUGUUGCCUUUUUUGCUUCUCCUUUCCUCUCAGGUUGAAGGAAAUGGUUGUGCAACCACAGCCUCUUUAUCACUAAUGUUGAACAACGAAAGGGUUAUGUUGCCAUCUUCAGGUCAAGGUGUGUGUGUAUUUUUUAAAUGUCUUGGCUUAAUUGUGUCUUUCUGUGUAAUGAAAGAGGAGUUAGUGGUGGAAUAAAUUCUUAACCACAAUAUUUAAAAUAUCUUAAAUUUCUAUCUUCAGAAAGCAGGUUUAUGACUUAUUUACAACAGAGUUGAGAGGUCCAUGGAAGUCUCACGAACAGUGGUGUUAGUUUAAAAAAGUAAUAGAAGGGUUGAAAAAUUAUUAAAAAAAACUUAAAUGUGAACUGAAUAUUCUUUGCCAACUUUAAAGAUGUAGAGGAUAUCAAUUUGUAUAUAUAUACACAUCCAUGAGUUACACUACAAUGUAUAGAGUUAGCCUUUCUGAGUAUGGAUGUUUGUGGUACGUACUUUUUUUAAAUCACCUGUAAAUAUUGCAAUGUGUGUUUUUUGGAUAUAAUAAAAGAAAAUGUAUAUUUCAUGUACCCCAAUAUCUUUUGUUACUGUUCUCUCACUCUUCAAAAUACUGACAGUAUGUGAUUGUUACUGCAGUAACCCUGUGAAUAUUUAUAUUGUGUGCAAAGUGUCUUUGUUAUAUAAAAUGUUUUUCUAAAUGCAAUA